GUCAAAAUGCCAAAUACCGAGAACGCACCCUGUUUUGCUUGAUCUGAAUUUUUAGCGUUGAGUUGAGCGUCCCUUUUUGUUGAUUAAAAAUAUUUUUUUUUUUUUGUCAUGGUUGGUUUAUGUCCCCAUAAGUUCAGAUAUCGUUAUUUUCUCAUGCGAUGAUCUUAGAUGCCUUUUGGAGAUCUCAUCUUUUAUACCUGAGCGCAAACAUUUAACAUAAUGGACUCUCAAGUACCAGAGGACGGACCGUCUUCGGAGGUGGACAGAAGCAGAGAUGAGGAAUUCGACCCGCCUGUGGAUAUGAUGGUCAAUGACUUUGAUGACGAAAGAACAUUAGACGAGGAAGAGGCACUUGAACAAGCUGGAGAUACUCAAAAUGAAGUUUCUGAACUUCAGCGGGAGAGUGAAAUGCCAAUUGAAGAAUUGAUGAAAAUGUAUGGGUAUGGUGACGAUGGGAAAAUACCUGACCCUGCGGGGGACGAGGAAGAUGAAUAUGAAGAGGAAGAAGAGGAUGAUGAAUCACCUGAAGAUUCUGAACUAAAUCAACUGUACAGUGAAAUCCCAGCUGAUACUCCUCAACGAAAUGAUGAGAUUGAAAAACCUGGGACGACUGCCAGACUUCUCAGAUAUCCAAGGCUGCAAGAGAAGGAUGGGGAUGAUCAUGACUAUCAGCCAGAGGAAGAAGAUUGGAGGAAAACCAUUAUGGUGGGCCAUGACUAUCAGGCAGUAAUACCUGAAGGGCUCUGUCGUUAUGAUGACGCUCUUCCUUAUGAAAACGAGGAUAAAAUUUUGUGGGAUUCUAAAGCUUUAGCUGAGGAUGCCGUUGUCAGUUUCCUGAAAAAGGUUCCUGGUGUAGGAGGUGGUUCUAAUAGUCACAUUACUCGAGAUGAUGAACAGGCACUAUUUCUACUACUUCAAUGUGGUUUCAAUGUGGAGGAGGCUCUAAGAAGACGUCAAAUGAAUGUAGUUGCUGCCACAGAUACAAUGAGCCUUUGGUCAGAAGAAGAGUGCCGUAAUUUUGAAAAUGGAUUACGCACUUACGGAAAAGACUUUCACUUGAUUCAACAAAAUAAAGUUCGCACUCGUUCUGUUGGUGAGUUAGUCCAAUUUUACUACCUGUGGAAGAAAACAGAGCGUCAUGAUGUUUUUGCCAAUGAGGUACGCAAUGAGAAAAAAAAACAUACGGGGCUUCCCCUAGCACUUUGGUCAGUGCUGGAAAUGGAAUUGUAGCAUGAUAUUAGCCUAUAGAGGAACUAAACAGUACCUGUUACUGUCUUAAAGAAUAUUCCAGAACCACAGAGAUGGUCUUUAGUGCACUUGAUCUGCAAAGUGCACAGUCAGGUGGGCAAUGGCACCAAUAAUAUAUGCGUAAAAUAUUUACAACCCAAAUCAUUCCUUGAUUUUUGUUUUGUAAACAUGCAUUUCAAAAGCACAGCAUUGGAAUGUUUUGCAGUAAAACCUGGACAGUUAGAACCGCCCAGGAUGAAGGUCUCAGUAUGUUAUACCCUGGUAUUCUGUACUCUCCUGAUUUUACUGUACUACUAACAUUUAUUUUCUUAUAUUGUAGGGUACCUUGUUUUUGCUGAAACUAGUGGUGCAGGAACUAUCAUGUUGCUCAAUUGGACAAUCGUAGGCUUUUCUGGAUUCUAAAAUUUUGCUGAGAAUAUGUGAAAUCUCUUAAAAAUAUCAUGCUUGAUGUUGUUUUCAUCUCUUUUCACAUUGUCUUACCUGGUUGCCAAUUACAACAUAUUUAUCAGUUAAAUCAUAACUCUGGUUAUAUUGAGGUUCUAUUCUGGAAUUUUGCAGAAUACUGUAUUUUAAUUUUGCUGAAGGAACAUUGCAAUUUGUGUUUAAAAUCCAAAUUUUUAGUCCUAAUAAGCAAAAGUAGAUACAUGGUGAUAAAACCUAUUGGAUAGAGUUCUUCUUGUUUUUGAUUUUUCAAUGUCUUUUGUUUACGUACUAAGUAUUGGUUAUGCUGUAAUUUUAGUUGCAUAUUAAGGGGGUCUUGAAUGUACUGCUUUGUUGUAAUAGUGUCAUUUUUCUCUCACUCGUUUUUGUACGUUUGAAGAUCAGUAUUUUGUAUGGUCAAGAUGUUGCCCAACAUUUUGUUUUGUUUAUUACAUUUUACUCAUUCAUCUCAUUAUAUGUUAAGUUUCAAAUGUUUUUGCAUUCACCAUCAUGACUUACUUUUGAGGAAAAACGCAGUUUUGCCACGCUGUAGAAUUGAUUUUCAUCAUAGCGUCAUGUGAACACUUUUGUACAGUGGGCUUUACCCAAACAUAUUAAUUUUAGUGUUGGGAACUGUGUUCAGACAAGAGGCUUGGGCUGCUAGAGUCUGCUGAGGGGGUUUCCACCACAGCCCUCACCCUGUUUACAAGGCCUCAACAGCCCAAGCAGCCCUCUUGUCUGGACACAGCUUGGGAGAUUAUGUAAGCUGCAUUUUAUGGUAUACUAAGAAAUUUGGUCUACCCUUUCUCUGUUUUGUUUGGUGGCCCAUUUAUUUAGCACUUGCUUGAAUGGCUAUCUCUCAUCCAGAUAUGGUUAUAUAUUUUUCCAUUAAGUAGCAAUCUCACAUGCCUUUCCUUGCUCUUCUUAGACUAAUUGAUUAGUUUGAAUGUACUUUAACCCUAUCUAAACUUAUCGUUUUUCUUGUAAAAGAAAUGUACCUAUGCGUAGCAACAAAUCGAGAUCAACUUUGUGCUAAUAUACCCUAUUACAUUAGAAACCAGUGGUUUGGAAAGCUUUUGCUGGUGUGUGUUGUACCUGAUUUGCUGUAAUAACUUGUACUGAAGUAUUCAAUUAAUUGUUAAAAUAAGAUAGCCAUCACCAUCAUCGACAUCAUGGUAUAUCCAUGGCUUAUUUUGUAUGUAUCUUGUUUCUUCCUCAAAUAUUAUGAUAUCUACUCCCUUAUUUUGGGAUACAAAAAAUGUUUGAAGUGAAUGCAUCUGAUGCUCCAUAGUACCUGUCAUAUUUUUCUUUCUAUGAGGAUUGGUAUUACAUUGACAUUGGUGGAGCGUACUGUGGUUUGGAUAUGUACACCUGUACACCUUAUCAGAAUCACAUAGUAGUUUUAUUUUUUUUAAUCAACCAGAAUUUUUUUUUAAUACAUUGGUGUAAGAUGGGAACCCCAAACUUUGGUACUGUAUCAACAUUGAUGAAUUUCAUGGAUGAAUUUUUGUUACCGGUA